GCCUUGGAAGGGAUAUCAGAGGCACAUUCCAGGGGUACCAGCCUCUGGGGUUUCUCUCUUCCCCCCUCAAUGCUUCAAGCAAAGAUAGGUUCUGUAAUGGUAUGUGGGACUAACCUUGGGAGACAGAAGGAAGAGCCGCAGACUAGACACCUGUCAUGCAAAAGUGUCCUGGUGACAGGAUCCGAUCGGGGGAUUGGUCUCGGUCUGGUGAAGAGAUUUCUGACACUGCCAUGUCCACCCAAGUGGGUCUUUGCUACAACCCUCGAUCUGAAGGGAAAAGAAACCACAGAGGUAAAAGAGUUGGCUUGCAAACAUCAAAAUCUGGUGGUGUUGCAGUUAGAUCUAACUGCAGCUCAUUCUCUCUUUUCUCCUCUCUACAAGGCCUUUCUGCCCCUGCUGAAGAAGGCAGCCGAGAAUAGUCCAAAUCAAGGCCUGAGCAGCAGCAAGGCGGCUAUUAUCAAUAUAUCCAGCAUUACGGGAUCGAUUGAAUGUAUGGCUUAUUGGGACGAACUGAAGAUAAUUGGAUGCCGCUGUAGUAAGGCCGCUUUAAACAUGCUCACCAAGUGCCAGUCGCUCGAGUAUCCAGCUAGUGGGAUUCUGACUGUCUCCAUCCAUCCUGGCUCAGUCGAAAAUCCUCGCAACCCAGUUGUGGAAAUCACUGUGGAAGAGAGCGCCCAGGGUAUCGUGACUGUGCUGUCCACGCUUUCCGACCAGGACAACGGGACCUUUCUGGACUGGCUGGGUCAUCGAGUUCCCUGGUGA